GAAGGGGAGAGAGAGGGGGAGGGAGGAGCCCGGGAGCCCGGGGCCGGGCCCGGUAGAGAGGGAGGGAAGGAAACCGGUUCGGGGAGAGAGACGAGAGGUCCCCGGAGCGUGACAUGGCCAAAUACCUGGCUCAGAUAAUUGUCGUGGGUGCCCAGGUUGUGGGAAGAGCAUUUGCUCGGGCUCUGAGGCAAGAAUAUGCUGCAAGUAAAGCUGCAGCUGAAGCCCGUGGACGAGCAGGCAGACAGUCCGCUGCAGCCUCCAGCAUUUCCGGAAUGACAUUGCAAGAAGCACAGCAGAUCUUAAAUGUCGCACAGAUGAAACAAGAGGAGAUUCAGAAGAACUACGACCAUUUAUUCAAAGUGAAUGACAAAUCAGUGGGUGGAUCAUUUUAUCUACAGUCAAAGGUUGUGCGUGCAAAGGAGAGACUGGAUGAGGAGCUGAAGAUUGAAGAAACAAACGCAUCGCAACAAAAGCAAAGCAAAGAGGCUGAGACAUGACACAUUACACCUGUUCACUCACCGUAGGACUAUAUUAUAAAUGUAUAAAAUUAAACAUAGAAAUUAAGAGGC